AUGUCGGGUUUCCACAACAUCUUAGGCGGCGGUGGCAUGACCGAAUUACUACAAAGUUUUGUACGUGUUGAUGCCUCGGAUGAUGAACAAUCUGAACCAGAUGAGAAACAAAAAAAUGUUGGAAAAGGUCUGAAUCAUGCUCGAGGAGGAGGUGUUGGUAUACAUACAAAAGUACCCUUAAUUGGAUCACUUAUGUCAGCACCAAAACGUGAUAUUUAUAGUCCACAACGUAAAGAAUCAAAUAAUGAUGAACCAGAAAAACCAUUAGUUAUACCAGAACUUAUUCAACCUAAAAAAAGCAAAAAAUCAAAAGGUGCAAAAGGUUCAAAUAAUGUAAGAAUCAAACGUUCAAGGAAAAAAGGUCGCCGGCGUAAAAAACGUGUCCCACGUUGCGAAGAACUUUACACAGAUAAAGAUCGUGCUGCAGCAGUUAAUAUGGGAUCUCGUGAUAUUAAACAAUCGUUAUCGUUAAAAUUGAAACAAGAUCGUUCCAAGGCAUUACAAAUCCCUGAGGAAGCUGAUCCUGCUACAUUUCUUGCACUGGGCGUUCAUGAAAUGAAAUGUGGAGAUGUUAAAAUAGCUAGACAAUUUUUAGAUAAAGCAAUCGAUUUUAAUGAAAAAGAUAAAAAUGCAUUAAUAGCACGUAGCAAAUGUCACAUAAUAAUGGGUAACGCUGAAAAAGCUUUAGAAGAUGCCACACGUGCUGCAAAUUUAGCAAAAACUGAUAAUGACGCGAUCUAUCAAAAAGCUGAAGCAUUAUAUUUUUUGGGACAUUUUGAGCAUAGUUUAAUGUAUUAUCAUCGUGGCUUACGUUUACGACCAGAACAAUUUAAAUUUCGUCAAGGUAUACAAAAAGCACAAAAAGCUAUUGUUAAUACAAUUGGACCUGCGGUGAAAUUAACACCAAUGUUAUAUACCGAUGAUGUAAAUAAUAACGUAACAAGUAAUAUUGAAUAUCCCAUUCAUCCAGCAUUAUCAAGACGAGCGUCAAGUUGUAAUCCAACAUCAAAAAUUCGAAAAGCCAGUCUAUCACCGUCAUGUCGCGUGAAUUCAGCGUCACAAGUUUCAUCAAAUAAAUCUUCAACGUCAAGUUUCCUACAAAAUAAAAGUAAACGUAAAACUUCUACGGGCACCCCUCCUCAACGACAAUGUUUAGGAGCUUUAUCAGUAGAUAAAAAAUAUUUAGAAAAACUAUUAAAAGACCCGCAUAUUAAAUGUUUAAACAAAGAAAAUAAAGAUGUGAUAAAUAAAGCUGAAGAAGCUUUAACGUAUUUAAAUAAUCGUGAAAAAUUUUGGAUACAACAAUUUCCACCGAUUAUUAGUAAUUCUAAUUAUAAUUUUAAUAGUCGCAAUUCAACUAAAAGAUCAAUUUCUAUUCCCAAAUGA